CUCUCUCCUUUAAUCGAUGCUCGUUAUGAAUUAUUCUUGAUAUUUGUGGGGGUAUUUAGCAAUUAGCGUUUGGAAUUUUACGCUAUCUUCGAUAGGUAGUGUUAAAAGGCUUUUUUCGGGAUUCCUAUGGUGGUCUAGUAAGAGAUUAAUGGGAAGAACAAAGGCUUGAUUUUACAAUGGAACAUUUAUUUGUAUAGGACUUGAAUAAGCUUAAGAGAAACAUGGAAGGAGAAAUAAUGGGAGAAGGAGAAAUCCUGGGAGGAGGAGAAAUGCCGGGAGGAGGAGAAGUCCUGGGAGGAGGAGAAAUCCUAGAACGAACAAGAUCAUUGGCAGCUCCUUUUGUUUUCUUCAUUAUCAUUGCCUUUCAAUUUGCCGCCAAACGGCUCCAAGAUUUGAAGAGGGGAGCAUCCAAAACUGAUAAGGAAAUGCAGCUUCGUGCAGAGAUUAAGCAGCUUCUAAAAGAUGCUGCCUCCUAUUCGCAGCCAUCUACAUUUGCACAAGCAGCUAAGCUUAGGAGGAUGGCUGCUGCCAAGGAGAAGGAACUUGCAAAUUAUCAGGCACAUCUGACCCAAGAGAUGAAGCUGUCAUAUGAUUUGUAUUUGAAAGUAUUGUUCCUUGUAAAGGUUAUAGCUCAUGUUGUGAUAAUCCUUUGGUUUUGGAGCUCUCCUGUUGCUUACGUAUCCCAACAUCUUGUGCAACCCUUUGGGAGGCUGUUAUACUGGAAGAUUGGGGGUUCUUCAGACAACAAUGUCCGGGUUGGGAUUAUACCCUGGUUGAUAUUAUGUUCCAGGGUUAGCAAGUUUGUUUGUCGACUCAUCAAGUAACGGCGCAAAGGACCUAUCUAACAACAUACUUUUUGGUCAAUGCUCUGCAUCUUUGGAUUCAUGAACAUCUGUUAGGAUAUAUAGUUUUUGAUGUUUGAAGUUAUGAAUUAACAUCUGUUCUGAAAAAUUCGUUCAUUUCAUUUUAUCAAUAAAUAAAAGUGAGCAAUUUUGAUGUGCUUUUUCUUUGAUCA